AUGGAAACCUUAGGCUUGAUCCUCGCGGUGUUGCCCCUCUUCAUCGAGGGGGCUAAACAGUACAGCAAAGGAGUUGAUACCAUUACAAAAGUAGUUUCGCGUACCUUGCGGGACAAGAGACUUCUGGAAUUCUAUAAAGAUUUCUGGUGGGAACUCUUUGUACUCAAUGUCAAUGUCCGCAAAGUGGUCAACUCAUUACCGGAUUUAUCGGACGAGCGCAAGGCGGACAUUGAAAUAGAAGGCGGAAUCAGCGACUGGCAUAAUUCUUCGGACAUUGUCAGGGCUGUGAAGGAAUAUUUUAGCACCGAAGAGAGAUACAAUGCUUUUCUAGUUGUGAUGGACCAAAUUGUUCAGCUUUUAUCCCAAUUAGUGAAGGACAGCACAAUCCAAAUAUCGAAGAGGGAGACGAAUCAAAAACAGAUGUAUGAGAAGCUUCGGGAGUUUUCGCACAAACAUGAAAAUCAACCAGCGUCUAGCACAAUGUUCGAGCGUAUCAAGUUCUGGAGAAAAGAGAAAGACCGCAACACAUGUUUGAGGGCUUUGAAGACUUGGAAUAGCCGUUUGGAGAAGUUGGCCAGCGAUUCUGACAACGUGUCGGCUUGCGUGCGAAGGCCAACAGCAAUUCCAGUCGCACCGCAGAAGGAUGUGUGGAUCUAUAAUUUAUCAUCCAAACUACACUCAGCAUUGGCACGGGUUUGGGCCUGCGAUUGCCGUACGCCCCAUGAAGCAAGAGUCAGCCUUAAUAACCAAGAGAUUCCUUCAAACAAAGCGGUAGAAGAGGUGGACAUCAGAUUUGACUUCAUUUUCCUUGUACAUGCAAGUGAAACACGGCAAUCCUCGUUGCAAGAAGGAGAAGUCAAAAUCAGACUGCAUACGGACUCAAUGGGGGAGGACAGAGAAGAAGUCACGAAUGAAGCGGACAAUUUGCAAUUGUGGCAACACCGAUCACGGCCUAAACAGCUAUCCUUCGAUGGAAAGACGCCGGCCGUGUCAUUGAAGUCCGUCAUGCUCAACGGGACGCUCAAAUCUCUAUUGGCAAAAAGAAAGCUUGCAUUGAUGUUGGCAAAGUCUCUACUGCAUUUAAGCGCGAGGCCAUGGCUCACCGAGAAGUGGAACAAGGAGCAUAUCACAUUCUUCCAUGAAUCUUUCGGUGCUUUGGCAGUAACUAAACCAUAUCUAUCAUCUGUCUUCCGCGUCGGCCAAGAGGACGGCAGUGAUCAGCUCGAUAUUAACCAGCUCCAUCCUUGUCCUAGUAUCCUUUCACUAGGAAUUCUCCUAAUUGAAAUCGACACGAUGAAGACCAUUGAAUCGUUCCGAACCUCGGAUGAUCUGACGGAUGGCGUAGAGGUGAAUGCGAACACUGACUGGACCACUGCCAAUCGUGUGGUUCAGUUGCUUGAGAACUGCUCAAUGCCGUAUCGAGAAACAAUCCAAGCUUGUCUGGAUACCCCGUGGGUUUCUGCUGGCCAACGCGUGAGUCUGGAGAACGCCUCCACUAGAAACGGGUUUAUUCGAGACGUUGUCCAACCGUUGCAACAGGAACUGGAAUAUCUAUCCCGAGCACCGACACCUGCCGGGCAAAUGGAAACUAAAACAUCGGGCGAACGGCCACGAGCUCGAUUUCAUCCUACGUCUCGCUCUGACGUUGCACCAUGGAUGGUCGAGUUCAUCCCACCUCCAGAACCUGAGGUGCUCCUGCCGCCAUUACUUGCCUGCUUGCCCACUGCUUUCGUCUCGACUCGCCCUCCUCCAGCACUACUUCCGCUGCUAUCUCCGAUCCUACGCCAGCGCGUCCAGAUUCUCAGCUCUGUUGCGACAUCGCCUUCCGACUCGUGGCUGCGACUUUUAUGUUGGACCGAUGAGAAGGCCGAACGUGUUUCGCGAUUGCUAGACGGCGUCGUCUUCGAACCGCACCCUGUUUCUGGAGAGAUCGAAGUCCCGGAAGAUCUGUCUAUAACUUAUAAGCGGCUGGAUGAGGAGACGCUGCGAUCAAAAUUGAAUCUCCCAGAAUACCAGCUCAAUGUGUUAUAUGUAUGGUGCUCGAAUGACCCAGACGGCGGUGGUCCUGGCUGGCGGAUCGCGGAGCUGGAGCCAUGCGAAGGUCCGGAUGACGAACAAUCAACCUGGUCAGAAACAGUUGGCGACGCAAAUGAACAGGCGAGGGAACGAAUCAUCGACGACGCUAUAAGAGAUGCGGAUGCCGACAGAUUACAUGUUGAAGCGGAGGAUAACGAUGAGGAUGAUUACUGGGCGCAGUAUGACAACACUCCGGGAAGAACACCGGCGACAAAGACACCAGUAUCUCGUGGAUAUCAACAAACAUCAGGACAAUCGGAAGACGCAUACUUUUCUCAGUACGCGGAAGUGCAACCAGCGAUGGACAACCAUGAUCCGUCCGAGGAUGCCCCGGAGGCUGGAGAAUCGUCGCUAAAUGGUGAUAUCUUUGCAAAGAUUAUGCAACAGGCUCGCGAGUCCCGUGAAACAGCAGCACAGGACCCUUCUCUCCAACACGAUGACGAACACGCAAAUCUUGUGUCAAUGAUGAUGAAUCACCCGCGGCCAUCAUCAGCUUCGUCUGGGUCUGCUGUCGCGAAAUUGGAACAAGAGGCAGAAAACCAGUCAGCUUCAGAAGUUGCGAUCAAGCAGCACAUUGGCUCAAAUAUAAAGAGUCUGUAUCGGUUGGCCAAGGCGACUGGAAUGCCGCGGGCGGAGUUUCAAAAUCUGAUUCGCACAGAGAUUGAUCUUCUCAGUUUGUCCGACGAUGACUAA